UCUUUGGCAUCCACACAGAAGGUCUAAAGUGAUUCCUCUGGGAAGAAAAGAGCGCAAACCUCGCAGGCUGGAGCUGGAGCGUAAUUGCGCCUGUUUUGCGUCGUCUGAACCGGGGGAAGACGUGAUGUCACCUGGGUGUUCCUUCUUCUUCUUCGUCGCUUGGACUGUUUGUUGCAAAAACUGACAUCUUCCUUUUUUUUUUAUACAUCAACCGCAGCCUUGCUCUCUCCACCCUGCGCGCUCCUUCUUCAGAGACAAGGUGCAUCUCGCCGUACGCGCUGACAGCUCCUCUCUGCUUCCACAUGUCGCAUCUUUUGUUCACUUUGAGAAGCAGGAGAGCGACUAAACGCCAAGUGCAAUAGAGAGCGCCACUUUGGUGACAGCGCCUUGCAGCACCAGGAGGGGGGAGAGAGACAUAGACUUGGAGAGAAAGAGAGAGAGAGAGAGGUGCGUUUUGAUGUUUGGCAUCCACGACAGCAUCCACAGGAGUGGGAGUAGUAUGAAAGAAGAGCCCAUGGUGGCCGGCAUGAACGCGGUUCGGACAUGGAUGCAAGGUGCCGGGGUGCUGGACGCCAACACAGCCGCCCAGAGCGGAGUGGGUCUGGCUCGGGCACACUUCGAGAAGCAGCCGCCUUCCAACCUGAGAAAGUCCAACUUCUUCCACUUCGUGUUGGCUCUCUACGACAGGCAGGGGCAGCCUGUGGAGAUCGAAAGAACCACCUUCGUUGACUUCGUGGAGAAGGAAAAGGAAACGACGGGGGAAAAGACCAACAAUGGGAUCCAUUAUAGACUUCAGCUUCUUUACAGUAACGGAAUCAGGACAGAACAAGACUUGUAUGUUCGGCUAAUCGACUCCAUGACCAAACAGGCGAUCGUCUAUGAAGGCCAGGAUAAAAAUCCAGAGAUGUGCCGAGUUCUGUUGACCCAUGAAAUCAUGUGCAGUCGAUGCUGUGAUAAGAAGAGCUGUGGCAACAGGAAUGAGACCCCAUCAGACCCGGUCAUCAUCGACAGGUUCUUCCUCAAGUUCUUCUUGAAGUGCAACCAGAACUGCCUGAAGAAUGCUGGGAACCCUCGAGACAUGAGGCGUUUUCAGGUGGUUGUGUCAACUACGGUGAGCGUGGAGGGUCACGUCCUGGCCGUGUCUGACAACAUGUUUGUGCACAACAACUCCAAACACGGGCGCCGUGCUCGAAGACUGGAUCCCUCGGAAGGCACGCCGUCCUACCUGGAACACGCAACCCCCAGCAUUAAAGCCAUUAGCCCCAGUGAAGGCUGGACCACAGGGGGUGCUACAGUUAUCAUCAUCGGGGACAACUUCUUUGAUGGCUUGCAGGUCAUUUUUGGCACCAUGUUGGUGUGGAGCGAGCUGAUCACCCCACAUGCCAUUCGAGUGCAGACUCCGCCCAGACACAUCCCCGGCGUGGUGGAGGUCACGCUGUCCUACAAAUCCAAACAGUUCUGCAAAGGCACACCUGGUCGCUUCAUCUACACAGCGCUGAACGAGCCAACUAUAGACUACGGCUUCCAGAGGUUACAGAAGGUCAUCCCCAGACACCCUGGAGACCAGGAGAGAUUACCCAAGGAGGUAAUCUUAAAGAGGGCGGCGGACCUGGUUGAAGCCCUGUACGGGAUGCCUCACAAUAACCAGGAGAUGAUCCUGAAACGAGCAGCAGACAUCGCAGAGGCCCUUUAUACGACUGUUCCGCGAGGGCACAACCAGCUAGCCGGUCUUGGCAGCGGAUCCGUCCAUGCGGGCAUGAUGGCCGUCAACUCCUUCACCGGGUCAGAAGUGGCUCAAACAGCCAAUCAGGGUUUCAGUAGGAGUACAAGCAGUGUGUCCCCUCAUGGUUAUGUCCCCAGCUCUACUCCCCAGCAGAGUAGCUACAGCUCUGUCUCCACUAGCAUGAAUGGCUACGCUAACUCUGGCAUGGCAACCUUGGGCACCUCGCCCAACUUCCUCAAUGGAUCUGCAGGCAACUCCCCGUAUGCUAUCGUCCCAUCCAGCCCCACCAUGGCGUCAUCGACCAGCUUGCCCUCCAACUGCAGCAGCUCCUCCGGCAUCUUCUCCUUCUCCCCGGCCAACAUGGUGUCCGCCGCCGUCAAGCAGAAGAGCGCCUUUGCCCCCGUCGUGCGACCCCAAAACUCGCCGCCACCCACGUGCACCAGCGCCACCGCUAACAGCCUGCAAGAUCAGUCUUUUGUGGACUCGAGCAAGUACUCAUCAGCCAGCUCUCUGCAGGGCCUAGCCUUCUCCUGAACAAUUCCGGGGAUGAUUGUUCCACCCAUGUAGGGCAUCUGGAAAAAGAGGAAGAACACGACACAGUAGUAGCUGGCGCAGCUGAAGAGACGGAAGUGAAGAUAACGGUUCAAACUCAGGCCUUUCCACUGGGAUUUCAUCCGAGGAGAAGAUGGGACAAGCUUUUUGCCAUGUGAUUUCCCUUUUGGUUGAAUUAGUGUAGCUUCUCUGACACCGUGUUGGAUGCCCCACAGUGUGAUCUCCCACCAACCCCGACCUCAUGAGAAGAGCAUAUAUGUAUUUUUACUUACUGGAUCUGUCUUAGCAUUGGAACCAGCACAAGCAACAGUCAAACCACACAUUCUAUUUCAUCAUGCCUCUCGUCCUUCCUUAAUGCUGUUCUACUAAAACUGUGACGAUGGAGCUUUUCAUAAGCGUUUAAAAAAAAAAAAUUGCUGACGUUAGUAAAAACUUGAAAAGCCUGAGUAUGUGUGCGUCCAGCCAGCACUGUACUGUACUGAAGGAGUCUAGCAACCCUACAAUACAAGCGUGAUAUAUGUGAUAUAUUUUUGUAUAUAUAAAAAAAGUGAUUUUUUUUGUUUGUUUUGUUUCUUUUAGCUUUUUUUUUUUUUGCAAUAGCUCUAGUUUGAAAUGUAAACAUGAAAUGUCUUAAGGCAGCUUCUCAGUACAGAAGUACAGUAGGUGUUUUGUUAAAAACAUGAGGAGAAAAACAAGGAUUUGGAUACAAAAAGGGGAUUUUUGUGUAAAAUAUCCUAUAAAUAAUGUAUUUAUCCCUUGUAUUUGUACAUCGCCUUUGUUUAGUUGUGUUGUGAACAUACAUCACGUGUGUUUCUGUUGUCGCUCACUAUUUAAACGUGUUUUGUUUUGUAUGUGACUCACCCACCACGCCAUUGUCUAUUUUUGUAUAAGUUAAUAAAACGUGUCUGUCUUUUUUUUUUUGGUUUUGUUUUCUUAUGAAAAUGUUUAUGGUAUGGCAAAACGUAGCAUCUUAUUCAGAGUAUUUGGUUGAAGUAGAUUUUCUAAAGAAUAUAUACACACAUUAAUAUAUACUGUAAAGCUAUAUCUUUUUGUUUUUUCAAAUGGAUACUGUUAAUAUGCAUGGGUUCUUCUCUUGAGUGUCUUUUUGUGUGCGUGUGUGAGUGUGUGUGUGUGUGUGUGUGUGUGUGCACAUCAGGAGAGCUACGUGUUUUUCUUUGUCCAUGUUAUUUAUGCCUGCUUCCAUACUGUAUCUUUACACUCUUGUUUUCUGUCACUGUAACCUUUACCAGCAGUCUAGAUGCCUUAACAAUGCAAUGCCAUUCUUCUUUCAAUCACAUGUACAGUUUUAUAGUCUCGCCACAAUUGUCUCUUUGCCACAUAGGAAUUCGUGGGAACUUCGGGUAAGGGGUUGGGGUUGGGGUGGGACGGGGGGCAAAGCACAAACUCGAAGCCACACUAGAAUACAAAGAGCCAUAAUUCAAAAACAGCCCAACGUAUGUACAAACAUAAGACUUUUAUUUGCUUCAUCAUGUCACCUUUUUGAGCUGUUUAAUUGCAGUUCAACAUAAAGUAGCACAGUGAAGCGCUGAUGCAGCACAAUUUUAAUCCCACACAGACUGUAGAAUCACCAUCACCUCAUGUAUCCACAAUAAGACUUCAUUUCAAGCCACAAAAAACGGGAGCUCAUUUCUGGAAUUCUUUAUUUUUGUUUUAUUGUGUAUGUGUGUGUGUGUGUGUGUGUGUGUGUCUUCAAGCUGUUGCUGGACAGACAGACAUAGAAUGGGGCUUUUCGCUUUCUCUCCGUCGGGUUUUGUUAAGCAGCAUUUCAACGCAGAGGCGCUUGCUGACAGACGAGUGUUUCGAGGCACUUUGUGUUGUUUCUGAGGCCAUAUCAGUUUCUCACACACACACACAAAAAAGGUCUUUUGUGGUACAAAUCAAUGGCUUCUUUGGAAACAACCUAUAAGCUCCACUCAACCCUGAUUCUCAAUAUUGGUAACAUUUUGUACAACGAAAAGGACAGAUGCAAACCAAAUAGCCAGUGUAUUUUUCCUCUGUUUUUUUUUUUUUUUUUUUUUUGUCUUUGACUGCAAAUACACUAAAAAAGCUCUAAGAGAAGAAAAAAAUCUACUGUAUAGAUUGUUAUUGUUUUUGAUGAGCUGUAAGAUAACUUUUGGACUCUCACAAUGUUGAAUUAAAGUUACAUCUUGUCUGUGA